AAGUCAAAAGUGACUUGCCAACUUCUCGUCUCGAGCGGGCCAAGCCGCAGCCGCGUUUAUUUAUUUAUUUCAUACUCAUUUUGUUGCGUCUUUGACCUAAUUAAAAAUAUCAAUCGGCACCACGUAACGCUUCCGUGUCAGUUAUUUUAAUGUAAUACAAUUUACCUAAAAUGGCAGCAGUCGCGUUAAAAAUAAAAAGUAAAAACGGCCAGCAAAUCCUAAAGGACUUGACCUCUGAUAGUACUGUUGGUGAAUUGAAGGUGUUUUUGUCUAGUAUUGCCGAAAUAAGCGCGGAUAGAAUAUGUGUCUUGUGUGGUUAUCCCCCGAAGCCAUUGGAUACUAAUGACGAUUCUAAAAAGCUAAAUGAAAUAGGUUUGAAAACUGGUGAAACUUUGAUAGUGGAAGAAAAGUCUGUGCAAACACCUAGUAAACCUACGCCUUUGAAGCCAGUGCAGAAUGGCGUGUCCCAUGAGCCAGUAGGACCCAGCAGACCCGGCAUUUUAAUGAAGAAGGUGGUGCCUUCGGAUAAUUCUUGCCUUUUCACUAGUAUAGGUUUUGUAUUAAAUGGCCAAGUAGACACAACUGUACACACGCUGAUGCGACAGAUCAUCGCGAUGGAAGUGGCGAGCGACCAUGACACUUACAAUGAGGCAAUGCUGGGGAAGCCUAACGCGGAAUACUGUACGUGGAUACAACAGCCCAGCUCUUGGGGUGGUGCUAUUGAGGUGGCUAUUCUCUCUCGCUUCUAUGGCAUUGAGAUGGCAGUCGUGGACACUCUGAACGCGAUCAUCAACCGUUUUGGGGAGGACAAGAACUACGGGAACCGGGUGUUCCUACUGUUUGACGGGGUGCACUAUGACCCCCUGUAUUUGGAGCAGAAUGAUGGUGGCAUCCAAACCAUGUUCCCAGCUGAAGAUAUGGACUCCUACCGCGAGGCCGAGCAGAUAGCCCAUGAGGCUAAAUCCUCCCGCCAGUUCACCGACCUCAACAAGUUCACACUCAAAUGCAUGAUCUGCGACAAACUGCUGACGGGACAGGUGGAGGCGCAGAAACAUGCUAAGGAGACGAAGCAUGCUAACUUUGGGGAGGUCUAGUGGAUGGUAGGUCUGUGGUUCCCAACAAGGAAUAAGUUCGUAUAUUAUGUUAUUAAUUUAUAACCCUUCAAUAAGACCAAGCUCUACCGUAAGUCUACCGGACUUAACGGGUUAAACAUAAGAAAGCCGUCAGUUAUCACCUAUAGUGCGACAUAAAAUAGUAGAAAUUAAAUAAAAUGAAACUAAAAAAUCCAUAUUAAAUUUUUGCCAUGUUUAAGCAUUUUACGUCAAAAAUGUGACAGUUACGUAGGAGGUGGCGCCCUCAAUAAUUUUCUACAAUUUCUUGUCGGACUAUACGUAACUUCAUGCUUUUAAGAAAAUAUUUUAUGUAUUGAUAUAUUAUCAAAUUGAAUUUUACUAUUUUAACGUUAAAAAUAAAUGAGUCGAAGUAUCCUAAACUUUUGAUAUGCGUCGAUAUUGGCUCGCUUAUACUAUAGAUAGACGGUAGGAAAAAGGGAUCAUUAAGGUUCUGUUUUUGUCACACACAGAAAGUUUUUGUCACAAGAUCCUGAAAUUUUUACGGGCAGUAUUGGUCGUCGGACAACUUUUGUUCUUUGAUACAAUUGUUGGGAACCACUGGGUUAUAUCAAUUUAAUUUUUAAUGUAUGUACUUCUGAAAAAUGCACCGAUUACAGUUUAGAAAUGAAUUUUCUUCAUAAUAUUAAUUUACUUUUUUUGGUUAAACCUACAACUACCUAACUCUUGAAUAGAGACAAAUGUAAAAACACCUCAUUAUGGGAAAUACAUCAAAUGGUUGAGGAUUCAGUGUGCCAAAGACUAAUUACAUACAUAGU